AUGUCAUCCUCACCAGAUGAUGUCGAGGGCCCUAAAUUAGAGCCUUCAAUGAUCAAGUCGCUCUUAAUUCAAGAAGAAUUAUAUAAAAAGAAGCUACCUGAUCACAUUAAAGAGGAGAGAAGGCAACUUCAACUCCACCUCUGGCACGAAGAAUUCUUUAAUAAGAAUACUGCGCUUGAGAACUACACGUACCUACUCGGAGAGAAAGGUACAACUCGGCACUUUAAAAAGGCUGAACUUUACUACCCGGAGCUUCGCGCUGGGGUGCUAGCCUUAACAAAAGCUAGAUUAGGGCUUUUUCCGUCAAACGAAAAAGCAUUCAUUGAAAGUGAAGUGAACGGCUCCCUCACUCCCGAAGCUGAAAGAUUAGGAAAAAAUGGCUGUCCCUUAUGUGGCGAAAGUCGCGUUGAUGAAGGCGGGGAAUUCACUGAGGAGAUUGAUCACCUCCUCGUUCAAUGUACAUCAUUAAAUGAACUCAGAGAUGAGCAUUUAUCAGCAAUUAUUGCUGACUUAAGAGCUUCGAAAAGCGCGUAUAGCAAAGAGCAAGACCAUGACCUCUACAUCACUCAAAGGACUAGAGGUGGUAAUAAAAAGACUUGUUGUUGA